UCUAAGUUACUUUAACAAAAAUAAAAUAAUUGGAAUUUCAUAUUUUGUUGAAGCGUUAUUUAGAAAAAUGAAAUUUCGGUUUUAUACAGUUUUCUUGGUAUUGUUUUUAUACGAAUGUGCUGCGAUGAUGUGUGGUCGUUGUGCAACAGACGAAAAAAUUUCUAGUAAAAACUUUGAAUACGAGGGAGACGCGAUUAAAUUUUCAUGUAUAUACAAAGAAGGACAGCCCCAGUUUUAUGCGAAAAGAUUCAAUGCAACGAACAGCCACCUGUACAUUCAGCGAAUAGCUUCUAAGCUUAAUAACGGAAGAGGGCUUUCACUUUUCUUUCUCGGCAUCGCAAAUACAAUCACUAUUGAUGGGAUCUUUUUCAAAUAUGCCAAAGAAUGGUUUUCAAAAACUGAUAAAAACAUCUGUAUUAUAACAUAUGCUUAUUCGUCAACAUCGACAACACUAUUCAAUAUCUUAUUCCAUGUAAACCAAAUGGUAAGUACAAAACGAUUGGAUUUUGUGGCAAAACAAGCACAAGAUUUGGUAUUGGAAACCAAAAAGAAAUGUGAAGAUUCCAGAAGAACUUCGUGCCUCAGACACAUGUCACAGGUAGAAGUGGUUGGUUUCUCAUUUGGUGCGCAUAUCGCUGGACUUACAUGUGGACUGUUGUUCGAGAAAACUGGAGAAAAGGUCAAAAUAUUGCUAGCUCUCGAUCCUGCCGGUACUUCGUUUUUCUGGAACAAACCAGGACAUAUGAUAAAGAGCGGCGACGCUGAUUAUGUUCAAGUGAUACAUACGUCAGCAUUUGGACUGGAUCAGCCAGUUGGUGAUGUAGAUAUUUAUGUAGAUUCCACAUCCAAUAAGAUUCUACUCGGUGCUUGGGCAGAAAAGCACGCGCUAAGCGUUUACUUACAUAUUGCAACUUCAACAAAACGACUUUUCAUAAUAGCCGAAGUAAGAGGCAACGGAAUACUAUUGAUAAGUGAACGUCAACCACGUGAACUAAAACCACAAGAGUGUCAAAUUGGUAUAUACGGUACAUUGCAAGCGCAUCAUAAAGGUAAACAAUUCAAUAUAUCCAUCGUCGAUAGAGAAGAUACUACAGUCUUUUGGGACGCCCUUGGUGAACUUGGUGGCAAAGAAAUGCUGGUGUGAUCAAGUAAACAGCAGUAAACAUGUAUUCAAUUAUCGAACGUAUGAAAAAUGAAAGAAUUUUGACGACUCAUUCAAAAGAAUAAAUAAAUAAAAUUUAUAAUAUUGAAA